CUCGCCUCCUUGGUCUAAGCACAUACUCAAACUUCCCAACAACACACUCAAGUAGUCUCGCGACACGCAACUUGCCUCGUCCAAUCGCACACUCGACACCUUUCAACACUUCACUCCUCCUCUCCUCCCCUCCACCCCCUCGUAGUCUCCCAACAGCGAAAACUACAACCAUAAUGUCCGACAUCCAGGAUCGCAUUGCUGCUGCCCGGCGAGAGGCUGAGAACCUCAAGGCCAGAAUAAAGUCUAAGAAGGAGGAACUGGCAGAUGCAGACUUGCGACAGGUCGCGAGAGACACGCUGGAGCCUCUUCCUCGCACCAACAUGAAGGUCCGAAAGAACCUCAAGGGCCAUCUCGCCAAGAUCUACGCCAUGCACUGGUCGACCGACAGGCGCCAUCUCGUGUCGGCCUCGCAGGACGGCAAGCUCAUCAUCUGGGAUGCCUACACCACGAACAAGGUCCACGCGAUUCCGCUGCGCUCGUCGUGGGUUAUGACCUGCGCCUACGCCCCCAGCGGAAACUUUGUCGCUUGUGGAGGUCUCGACAACAUCUGCUCCGUCUACAACCUGUCCACCCGUGACGGACCCACUCGCGUCGCCCGCGAACUCUCGGGCCACUCGGGCUACCUGUCCUGCUGCCGCUUUAUUAAUGAUAGGCGCAUCCUGACGUCGUCCGGUGACAUGACCUGUAUGCUGUGGGAUAUCGACACGGGCGCCAAGAUUACCGAGUUUUCUGACCAUCUCGGUGACGUGAUGAGUUUGAGCAUUAACCCGACGAAUCAGAACAUCUUCGUGUCGGGUGCCUGUGAUGCCUUCGCCAAGCUUUGGGAUGUUCGCACCGGCAAGGCUGUGCAGACUUUUGCUGGCCACGAGUCCGACAUCAACGCAGUUCAGUUCUUCCCGGACGGAAACGCGUUCGGUACCGGAUCCGACGAUGCCACUUGCCGUCUGUUCGACAUCCGUGCUGACAGGGAACUCAACAAUUACUCGUCCGACCAGAUUCUGUGCGGUAUCACAUCAGUCGCCUUCUCGGUGUCCGGACGGCUACUGUUCGCAGGAUACGACGACUUCGAGUGCAAAGUCUGGGAUGUCCUCCGUGGCGAGCGUGUCGGCACCCUUAGCGGUCACGACAAUAGGGUCAGCUGUCUCGGUGUCUCUAAUGACGGCAUCAGUCUGUGUACUGGCUCGUGGGAUUCUCUUCUCAAGGUUUGGGCAUAAAUCGACGGCCCGUAAUACGCAUCUU